CAUCCCUGCCUGUGUGACUGCGGGGAUGAGCGGCGCGUCAGGACAAGGAGGGAAAAAAACACAAGCGAGCAGCAGAGGGUGAGGUCUGUGCCGGCUCAGUCAGCAAAGACAGAAGAAGAAAUCAGCACUGCGAGGCUUUUUUUUCCUGUCAUGAACUGAGGAGCUGUGCGUUCUGCAAGGACGCGUCUGUUCGCUGUGUUUUUUUUAAUCGGUCCAAGAGGCUGAAAACAAGAACCGUCGGAUCCAGCGGAAUGGAGACCUGCCGCUGACGGAGAUCCCCGAGCUCCCCUCUGAUAACAACAGGUCUUAUCCACUGAGCCCAUCUUCCCCUCAAAAAUCUUUAAGCAACCGACAAAGAGCUGGAGCCGAGACGAUCAAGCAUGGAUGUGCCCAGGAUGGCUGAGGGCCUCUUCAGCAGCACGCUGUCCUCGUCAGGUGGUGGCCAUCACGUGCCUUCCUACCUGACGCUGGAGCAGAAGGCCGCCUUCGUCUUCGUGCUGCUGCUCUUUAUCUUCCUGGCCCUGCUCAUUGUGCGGUGUUUCCGCAUCCUGCUGGACCCCUACCGCAGUAUGCCCUCAUCCAACUGGACUGACCACACUGAGAAAGACACAUUUGACUACCGCAUCGUCUGAGGAACGCAGAUUAGCAAGAAAACUUCUAAACAGACUGAUUGGAUGCUUGGAACAAAUGACUGCCGAUUCACCAGGAAAACAACAGCUUUCAGAAAAUCUUCUGAAAGCUAAGACUGAAAAAAAAUUGGACGACGUGUUGUCGUCAAAAAUGAGCGCAAACCAGAGUUCAACAGCUUCUCCCUGCCAAAUCAAAAGAAAAUUCUUUAACAAGACAACCAGAACUUUACUACUAAGAAUAUUGACCGAACCACAAACUAACAUGGCCCUCAGUCCAGGUGAUGCACCAGAGCCAAUUAGGGUUCACCCAUAAGUCCCUUCCCCUGCCAUCAGUUCUCUUGUGGACUACCUCACACCUCCUCCAUCUCAUGUGUGGAAGUUUUCGCUCACAUCUCACACAGGGUCGAGUAUCUUUUGAGAUCCAGUUGGAUAAUAACAGUGUUUACAUCUUUUCAUGUUUACUUACGUUCUUGUUUUUGUUUUUUUAAUUGAUAAUGUAGACAAUCAGUAUUUGAACUAGUUCAAGUGAAAAAAAACUAUUUGCAGAGUGAGGUUGUCGAAGUCUUUUGUUUUUGUGUAUUUUGUCUUAAUUUGUGGACAGAUGUGAGAGGAACAAGACUUUGUGUGAGUGAUAUGAGUCAGGCAAAGGAGAAUUUAAUGCCUUAUGUCUUUGUAAGAUAUUCUCUGAUGGUUCUUACCCUCUGGACAGGAAGAAAAGGCCAUGAAAAGGUUGGUGUAGAGGUCAUAAAGCAGGGUUAAUAAUCACAUAGAGGGACAUUGUGGUGGAAAACCUCCCUUUAAUUUUUAGGAGCCGUUUGAACAGACAAGAUGCCAGUGGUGAGUAACUCUUCUGUGUGUGUGAUUUAAAAAAAAUAAAUAAAUUGUCCUUUCAGUCAUGAAGGGACCUUCGGUGUCCACGUCUUUAGAUGUCAACAAACUAAAGAGGUAUUGAAGAAAAACAAGUUUACUGUGCUGUACCGUGUGCCUAAUUUGAAAAAAAAAAUAUCGAGAUAGAUGUUUUAGAAAAAAGAAAGAAAAUGGGUUCAUACUUUUGUCUUUAAAUGUAGUUUCUGUUUUUGUGUGGUGCCCAUUUAAAAAAAAAAAAAGACUUAAACAGCAUUUUACUGCCUGCAGUUGGUAUAUUGACAGUUGGUAUGCCAGAUCUGCAGAGUGUUGAUGAUGAAGAUGAUGAUAAUUUCUCAUCAAACCCUUUACGAACUGAUGUUGUGGCUCUUUUGUUGGGCAACUUUUCAACUGUGCGCCUUAUAGUGUAGAUUGUUUACAGUAUCGUAGGUAGUGGAGACACUGCUAAAGUGACCGUGUCUUUGCACUUCACAGAGAUGUCAUACAACCUGGUGAAAAUUUGAAAAAAAUAACAAAGUACGUUCCCUGAUCUCAUUCCUGCUGGGGCAGCAAGUGAACUGUGACCCUUUUGACGACAUGUGACGUUCUUGUGAUCUGCUGUGGCCUUUUCCUACCUAACACAGAUGUUGCGAUGUUGUGCUGAGGUGGUGUGCUUUGGGUUUUUUCUUUCCUUUUCUUUCUUUUUCUUUGUUCCCCGCAUGUAUUUUUUGCAGAGUAUUCUCUCCGUGCAUGAUAAAUGGUGAAGUGCUUUAAUCCUGAUGUUGUAGCUGUUGGUCAGUUGCUCUAGCAGCUAUUUCUUGUCUGUACUGGAGCCUUUUGUUUUCCAUUUGUUUUUCGCCUGAAGAUGCCGGGUUUUUUUUCUUUUUCUUUUGUUCUUUUGUAAUAAAAAUGAUCAGAGCGCACAA